CAGUGAUAGCAGAUAAACACCUGCUCGUGCACAUCAUCUUGAGCCGGAGAAAGACGGGGAACCGCUUUAAAACAACAAACAUUUGGACCAGUGAUCGAUCCAAGACAAGGGAUUUGGAUUUUAAAAUGUCAGCGCUGAGAAGCAAGAGAAAAGAAUAUCUAAGUGUGAAGGAUUUGCAGAAGCUUUUGGACUCUUGCAAGCUGCACCUCAAUCAAAUUGACGAAGUGUGGCCGAACAUAUACAUAGGAAAUGUGGCAGUAGCCCAAAACAAGGCUGCCUUGCUGAAAUUAGGUAUAACUCAUGUAUUAAACGCUGCUCACUCCAAGCGAGGCAGCAUAGGGAACCAAAGCUUUUAUGGCAACGACUUUGUGUAUUGUGGCAUUCCAGCAGAUGACUCGACACACUUUGAUCUGGAUGUUUACUUUCAGCCUGCAGCCGAUUUCAUUCACAAAGCUCUGAAGUCACCUGAUGGGAAAGUUCUGGUGCACUGCAUCAUGGGAAUGAGCCGGUCAUCGACCUUGGUUUUGGCAUACCUCAUGAUCUACCAUCAUCUCCCACUCAAACAGGCUUUGCAGAAGCUGAUCCAGAAAAGAGCCAUCUACCCCAACAGAAAUUUCCUGGCUUUGCUGUUGGAUCUGGAUCUUCAACUGACAAAGAAAAAGAAAACAUGUCGGAUCCUGUAGUGAAAAGAGGCAUUUACAUCUUCAGCCACAAAGCCACGCGGUGGUUUCUGGGAAUAACGAUGCCAGCCAGUCUGUCGGUGCAACAGUCCAGACUGAAACGUUUAGACACAUCAUCGUGAAAUUUGGUUCGACUGAGUGAAUUUCUGUCGACUCAGCUGUCCACAUCACUAACAGAGAUCAAAGUUGCACAAAUCACACAGAAUAAACUAUCAGUGCUUGUUUUUAUAUUUAUAUGUUACUGAAAUGCCAAACGUUAAUGGCAGGAGACAAACUCGGUACACUCAUUAGUCUUUACUUUUAUUAUGAUGAGGUUCACCAUUCUAAACAAGCUCAGAUAGAUAGAUAGAUAGAUAGAUAGAUAGAUAGAUAGAUAGAUAGAUAGAUAGAUAGAUAGAUAGAUAGAUAGAUAGAUAGAUAGAUAGAUAGAUAGCAAAGUUCAUAUUAAAGGAGAUUUUCAAAUGUCAACAUAGGCCUAUACAGGCUCAUAAAGAUUACAUGCUACAUGAUUACAAGCUAAAGAGUAGCAAAUAAACAUGCUAUGAUAAUACUUGAAUACUACAGAAUGUUAGCGUUGAACUACCUCACAUUUGUUUAUAUUUUGAAUCCGUGGAGGAAACUUUCUUGUAGUAUUUUUUAAGGGACUGGAACAAACAAUCAUUCUCCAGGCUUUCUGAAGAGAGAGGGCAUUGGCUGCUUUUUCAUUCAUUUUCAGUCACUGAACUUGACCAUUUUCAGAAGAAAGUUCUUUGGGGGGUUUAGGCACUGUGUUACUAGCAGCCUGUUGCGAAACUAAACAGCCAGUUCCCAUUUCAUUCGUUGAUUCUGGAAAAAUUACCAUAGAUAACACAUUUUGACAGACAUAAUUUUUUUGCACCAACAAGGUGUCUCCCAGUGGACUGUUAGCCAAAAACGUAACAAAUCUGAGCACUGUGUGCAGUGUGUGCUUAAAAAUGUGAUGAAGUGAGGUGAAAAAAGUGGCAGGCACGUAUCUACAUGAGAUGAACAGUAUCUGAAAGCCAUGUCUCAGGUCUUAGUUGAAGGGUGGCUGUCAAGAAAGUGUUCUUAAGAGAUGAAAGCAAGUAGAAAAGACUUGGUUAUGCCAAAUUACACAAAAACUGGACUGACAAUGAGCUGCAACAGGUCUAAUGGAGUGAUUAUUAUUUAAUCAUCAGUAUUUAUAGAGGAGGUCAGGAGAGAACAACAACAGUGAGUGUCUGCAUUUCAGCCAAUAUUAUCAAUAUUACCAUCAGCAAUUCACUGAUCCUAAAAACACUACCUCCGAUGUAAAAGCAUAGCUGGAUAGAAAAAAGACACAAUAUAAGUCACAGAUCUGCCUCCUCAGAGCCUGGACCUCAAGCAGAGCGGGAUCAUCUUGACAGAGAACAGAAUAAAGGGCAGCCAACAUCCAAAGAAGAGCUUCAAAUGUCCUUGAAGCAGCUGGAGAACUAUUCCAGAAGACUACUUAAAGAAAUUAUUAAACCUGACUUAGGUUGUGUUAAAGAAAAAAAUGAUGGUGAUAGCAAAUACAUUUCUCGUUAGAAUUGUACAAACUCUCUAUGUAUGUUUAUACAUGUAUCAAUAAAUUUACCAAUUUUGUUUUUCCUAUCGAAAUAUACAAAAUGAGAGGUGGCUCAAGGGUUUCGCACAGUAUUGUUCAUGGACAUUUGAGCCCAACGAAAGCAGAUGCUGGCACGAAAAUAGCUUAAUUAUCUUUCUCCAAAUCCAGUGAUCUUCAUUUAUAAUAGACUAAGCUGCAUCAUCUCCUCAUUAGCCUGCUAACUGGGAUUUUUAAUGCAGCGAGGUUGUUGGGUUUUUUUUAUGUCUUAACAAAAAGAGAGUCUGGUUGCAGAAAUAAAUUUAAUGUCAAGUAAAAUGACAACAGGGCGUGUUUACAACACUGAGACAAGUCUUUACUUCUCAUUCUUGUAAGAAGUUUUUUCUUCUACAACAACAGAGUAGACCAAAUGUCUAAUGGAACAUGUUUUGCAAAGCAUAACAUUUUAGUAGAGUCUCUAGGUAACUCAGAAAAGAGGGAAUCAAUCAACAGCAUCUGUUCAACACAUCGCUGUUCACAGCGUGUGAAAUUCAUUUGGUGUAUUUGUCAAGGCAGUGCAGUUGAUCACUGCUGUGCAUGAAAAGGUUUCAGGUCUUUUGAUUGCCCAUGAAAUCAACUGUAGAGGCAAAGGUACACACACAUUCAUCUAGCUUGACACCAAUGAUUUCGACCUGUUUUGAAUCAUUAUGUUUCUCUGAAUCAAACAUUCACAGUAAGCAAGAAUGUACAGUAUUAUACACAGAAUUAUAAGUCACACGUUCAAUUUCUAGAUAUAAACUUUGUCAGUGCUUACAAAAACAUACAAUAAAU